AUGGCUACAAACAUCAACCGCCAUAUCCCCCCUAAACCACCAAAUAAGGGCAUUACCACCCAAAAAGAAGAAGUUAAAAGCUUUAAAGAAAACCUGGUCGAGGGAGUACAACAUUCCCUAACUAUUACUGAGGCCCCUACAAUUAUGGAUACUACAUCUAAGGUCCAAGAAUCUUUUGCUACGCUAAAUUGCCAAAUGCUGAUAGAUGACAAUACAAUUCAACUCACAGAGGAAGAUCAAGCACGGAUAUAUCAACCCUGGAAAUAUUCUCUCAUUAUCAAGCUAAUUGGUAAGAAAAUUCAACACCAUAUCCUAAAAAAGAAAAUUCAGGAAGCUUGGAAAAUUAUAGAUAAUUUCCCCCUCAUUGAUUUGGGAGCAGACUACUACAUAGCCAAACUAGAAUGUGAAGAGCACAUGAUUAAAGUUUUAAAUACUGGCCCAUGGUUCAUAUUCGGCCAUUUCCUCUCUAUUCAAAGAUGGAAGCCAAACUUUGUGGCAACAGAAAUUAAAAGCUCCCUCAUUGCCAUUUGGAUCCGUUCGCCCCAGUUGCCAACUGAGUUAUAUGAUGGAAUCAUCUUGGCAAAAAUUGAAAAUGCCAUUGGUAAAUUACUAAAGGUUGAUGCGUGCACCUCUUCCACUCUAAGGGGUCGCUAUGCCAGAUUAUGCAUAGAGCUUCCUCUAGAAGUUCUAGUAAUCCCUUUCAUCAAAAUUGGCCAUCACAAACAAAUCAUCCAAUAUGAGGGGGAGAAUACCCUAUGCAAGCAAUGUGGAAGAUUAGGCCAUGUGGCAUUGAAGUGUUUCUAUGCCAAAACAUCUCUUCCACCAAACCACUCUAUGGAAAAUACUGGUGUUAUGCUUGAAGAGAAAAGCAACGACAAUGCAGUAAAUGAGCUAGCAUGGCAAACGGUUAAGUUCCCAAAGAAAAAAAAGGACCAAUAG